AUGUCAUUCGCUCUCGCCUUCCCCCGUUAUCGCCUUCCAAAUAGUUUCCGUCAUUUCCGGAUUUCUGUCAACCUCAAUGUGCUGCCUUUUCCCGCCGCUUCCGCUCCCUCUCCCGCCGCCCCCCCAGCUCCGCCUUCCCCGCUACUUCUCUCUUGCUCCUUUCUCCGCGCGCAUUCCCUCUCCCGCGCGCGUUCCGCCGCCAGCGCCCCGCCGCCGCUCUCCACGCCACAUAGAAGCCCUUCCGCGUCUCACCCGCCUCACGCGCAACACGCGCCGCUCCCCUUGACCUUCCGCGCGGCAUGCCGCGCGCUUUACGAUUCCCGAUGGGUAACCACGCGCGCAGAAUUCGCGGGGGAUGCGGGUGACGCCCCGAGGGAGCAGGCGGAGUGUAUGGUGGUGGGCGCGGGGGCGGCGGGGCGGGAAGGGCGGAGGGGUGGGGAAGUGACUCCUGGCGAGGCAGUUGCAGGCGUUGCCACGGCGUCACCCGCGCCGGGUCCUGCUAUGGCGUCACCCGUGGAUUUUGAGGCGUGUGAGCGCGAGCAGGCGGAGUGUGUGGUGGUGGGCGCGGGCGCGGUGGGGCUGGCGGUGGCGCGCGCGCUGGCAGUGGCGGGGCGGGAGGUGGUGGUGGUGGAGGCGGGGGGAGCGGUGGGGGGCGGCAUCAGCUCGCGCAACAGCGAAGUGAUUCACGCUGGGCUGUACUACCCUCAUGGUUCGCUCAAGGCACGGCUAUGUGUGGAGGGGCGGCGACAGCUGUACGCGUUCUGUGAGGACAGGGGAGUGCCGCACCGCAGGGUUGGCAAGCUGGUGGUUGCCACCCAGCCAUGCUGCAGCAUCCCUCAUGCUGCACUGCUCAACCUCUCCUCCCGGCUCUUUCCAGUCGAAAGCCACGCGGAGGGCAACGGGGUGGAGGGGCUGCGGAUGGUGGGCCGGGAGGAGGCGAGGGGAAUGGAGCCACGGGUGGAGUGCCAUGCUGCGCUGCUGUCACUACACACCGGCAUUGUGGAUUCGCAUGCUCUCAUGCUCGCCCUGCAGGCAGAGGCAGAAGCAGCAGGUGCCCUAUUCGCUUUCAACUCAGCAGCACUGGGCAUCCAGGCCAACCCACCCGACCGCUUCCCACUCUUCACCACCAUCAAAACCUCCUCCCCUACCAGCAACAGCAGCAGCAGCAGCAACAGCAGCUGCAGCAGCAGCAGCAGCACCACCACCAGCAGCAGCAGCACAAUCACGUUGCUCUCCUCGCGCUACCUUGUGAACGCAGCUGGGCUUGAAGCCGUUCCCCUCGCACACCGCGCCCGUCUCAAAAGAGAGCCCCACAUGGAACCCCAACUGCCUCCCCUGAACCCAUUCACAAGGGUUUGCAGCCCCCCCAAUGGCACUGCAUCACUACCUCCCCCACAUCUACCUCCCCCUCAUCUACCUCCCCCACAUCUACCUCCCCUCUACCUCGCUCGAGGUCAUUACUUCGCCCAUGCGGGAGCACCGCCCUUCUCCCGCCUUGUGUACCCGCUGCCGGAGCCGGGGGGCCUGGGCGUGCAUGCCACGGUGGACCUCGCCGGUCGAGUGCGGUUCGGACCAGACGUGCAGUGGUUGGACUCGGUUCCGCUCUCUGCUGCUCACGGCAUGCCCAUCAGCUACGACUAUUCAGUGGACCCUCGAAGGGCUGAAUCCUUCUACUCGGCGAUCCGCAAAUACUGUCCGACGCUGGACGAUGGCUCUCUGCAAGCCGACUAUGCGGGCAUCCGACCCAAACUCACCGCCCCAGGAGAACCUGCUGCUGACUUCUUGAUUCAGACCCACACCACACACUGCAUGCCAGGUCUCAUCCACCUUCUCGGCAUAGAGUCCCCAGGGCUCACCUCGUGUCUUGCCAUAGGCGAGUACGUAAAGCAGCUACUGUAG